AUGGCGAGCCAGCAGCCCCAAGUCAGUCAAAAGAAGCAGCAGGAGCUCCAGCUCCAGUAUUCCAACUUCAAGAAUACGCUACAGCAGAUGGCGCAGAAGAUCGGGGACAUUGAGCAGGAAGCCGAAGAACACAAGCUUGUUAUUGAGACUCUUGAUCCUUUGCCCCGCGAACGGAAAUGUUUUCGCAUGAUGAACGGCGUCCUGGUUGAGCGCUCGAUAGAAGACGUUUUGCCCACCUUGAAGACCAACUCGGAUGGACUGAAGCAGGUGCUGGCGGAGCUUCUGAAGCAGUACAAGGCCAAGCAGGCCGAUUUGGAUAACUGGAAGAAAAAGAACCACAUCCAAGUCGUGCAACCAUAG